AUGGCUCCUCUACAGUCUACACCAUCGGCUGGUGAUGAUGAUGAUGGUCCAUUACAGAAUUGGGCGACGAUUGCAUCAUGCGGGAGCAACCAGAGCUCGGACCGCGACUGGACGCUGGACUGGUACUUCCACCCGCCCUUCUCCAUCGCCAAGCCCGGCGCCACCAUCUUCGUGGGCACCGUCAGCAUAGUGCACUCGCUGUGCCACAUCCCGCACCUGCUCAUGUACCGGCGGCUCGGGAUGUUCACGGCCUUCUGGAGCAUCGUCGGCCUGGGACUCAUAUUUGGAGCCAUACUGGAGGACGAGUGGCUGUACGACAUCUGGAUCUGGUACUCGUGCGUGUACGUGCCCGUGAUGCUGGUCACCAUGUACGUGGUGCUCACGGGGGCCGUGUGGGCGCUCAACAUACAGCCCCUGCGCGCCGUCUUCGCCACCGUCGCCAUUCUCUUCUACUUGUUUAUGUUCUACUGUAUCGUAUACGUGAUGAGCGAAAAGAGGAAACUAUUCACGACGACAGGGACACCGCCGCCACCGACGACGACGCCGUGCCCGUUAUGCCCGCGGUGCACCACGGAGCGCUGCACCACCCCCACCACCACCACCACCACGACGACGACCACACCUGAUUCUCGGCGCCUCAUCCAGUACCUAGCCGACCGCGUCUGA